GCCGAGAGUGACUGGCUGCGAAUAAAAGUCUGUCUUCAAGCGCGAAUUGGUAUCCAUCCUGAGUUUUACACAACGCAGAGACAACCCCGUUACAUAUGUGUGUGUUUAUGUGACCUGAUACCCGGAUGUUGAUCGGCGCGGCGUCAGUGCGCAGCUGCAGGCCGGACUUACUGAGGAACAGGAAAGGAGCAGCAGUUCAUGGAAGACACCAUAAGUCACCAUAAGACAGGAGACAGCAGUCAUCAGGAGGACUCUGAAGACAGCGCAAAAGAAUUGGGCUCAUUUCCAUCUCCUGCAUCCCUUGUAACCCUUACCUCUGCUUCAUUACGACCCGGUCCAGACGAAAAAAACUCCCCCUGUCCUGUUGUCGGGGGUUCGUCGGACCCCCCUGAGGGAGAGAACAAUGCAAAGUGGACCACUGUGGCCAACGGACAGCCCUCCUCCGCGGUGUCCCAGCGCUACAUGCCCCGUGAGGUGCCCCCGCGCUUCCGCAACCAACAGGAACCAAAAGUGCUACUGAAGAGGGGCCAGCCGCCACUGUCCUGCAUGCUGCUGGGGGGCGGAAACGGAGGGGACACCAUGCCCCAACUUCCCCUGCAGGAGCAAGCUGAUGACUCAGAUCCUACAGUAGAUUCAGUUUCUCUGCACUCAUCGUCUGACACCUCUGCCACUCCCACUUAUGCAAAUUACACAUGGGGGCUGGGCUCAGGACGUCAACCCUCCGCUCAGGGAAUGGACAAGGAUAAUUCUGAUGUUGAGAAAUGGUCAAGACCGGAAGACUCAUGGAAUAGUGAUCAGACUCCACAUUCUCCCAGUUCGGGGAUGGAUGAGUCUGACGGCCUGGGAAAGGACAGUUCUUCUCGACUCUCUGAAUAUGCAGAAGCCAAUGCGAUAGGAGGUGCGUCUUCACACUCUGAGAAUAAAGAAUCCAUUAAAGGUGUCAAUCAAGACUUCAAUUCCAAGGUGCCGCUGCUUUCUGGAGACCAGGAGGGCACUCAAGGUCUAAAUCCAAAUUACAACCCCGAUGAAGCAGCCUCCAGUCGAAAUCUCUUAUUCCACACUGCUUCUGAGGAAUCUUCUCCCACACCCUUGAGUCCAGCCAGUGCACUGUACCAGACACUCUGCAAGAACGAAGAGCGCAUUACAGGGGAUUGGACAGAGCUUCAAGCUGGACCAAAUGGUGGUGGAGAUGAUGGAGUCUCCAAUAAGGAAGUGUGGGAUACAGGAGAAGACCCUGUUGGGAAGAGCAGUGAUGCAGUAGUUGGAAGUUCUGGUGAUGGCACUGGCAUCUCUCAGGAAGUGUUGGACAGAGACACGGUAGGUUCAAACAAACAGGCAGCUACAGGAUGGACCUCAGACUCAGCGGCUGGAGCAUCAAAAGAGGAUGUGAGAGAGAUCUCUGAGGUAAGCACAGAUAGUUUACAGGACUCUUCAGUGUUUGCGAACAGCGUGGCAUCAGAAGACGACAAUCAGAAAGCAGAUGAUGAUUGGAAUGGAUCUGAGGGAGAAUUAACUGGCAGAGAACGCAAUGAGGAUGCCAAAAAUCUGGUCCAAAGCCCCUCAAAAUGUCAGGCCCUCCCCCCAGAGGAAGCCUUACAGACCAUGAUCAAUCACACUAACCUGGAUCCUAAAGUACUGUGCAACACAGGAUGGGGCAAGACCCAGAUCAAGCAGAAUGCCGCCUGGGAUUUUGAGGGUGACAGUGGGAAUGUUGGCUGGGAUGUAGAAGAGCACACCGCCCAUAGUAAGGAAGGCUGGCGGGAAGCAGGUGACCUUUCCAGCUCCAAAAUGCAGAAGCAGGAGGUUGGCCAGGUGGGAAGAGAUCAAGGGUGGACCGGGCAUGGAGAAACAAGCGUUGGGAAUGGUCGCAAAGGAAGCGGUUGGGGAGAAGGCCAGGAGGUUGAAGAUACUAGCAGGAAGGAAGGGACGGGGUGGAACCAGGGUGGUGGAAGUGAGUGGACUCCAUUACCCGAGGGUGGAGGCUGGAAUGAAGAGAGAGACAGUGACUGCAAGAAUCAGGAUGAAGGGUUAUGGGGCAGCCCGGAAGGGUCGGGACAGCGGAGUGGUGGCUUGGGAGGCGGCAGUGUCAAACAGCACCAGGGAUGGGGUGAGAAGCUUCUUCCAUCACGGACACCAAACAAACAAGCAGCACUUAAGACCCAAAAUCAACAACAGCAAUCACAAACCCAGCAGCAAAUGCCGGGAUAUCCAAAAGCCUUGCAGGAUCAGGGUCGUCCAGGAGAGACAGACGACCAGGGUAAAGGGUCUGGGUGGACCUGUGGGCCCAUCCCUCAGAUGCCUUCUGUUGUAGAGCCGAGUGGGUGGGAGGAACCCUUGCCGCAGUCCAUCAACCGGAAGAUGGAAAUCGACGACGGCACAUCUGCAUGGGGGGAUCCGUCACGCUACAACAGCAGGGCCGUCAAUCUGUGGGAUAAGAACAGCUCACAGGACCAACAGCAGUCGUCUGGGAGACAGGCUGGAGCUCCAUCUAAAACUUCUGUUCCUGCGACAUGGGCACGCAGCAGUGGUCCCUCCGAUUCGUCCAUGGACAGCAGUACAGCUGCUUGGGGGAAAUCGUUUGAUGGUUGGGGGGAAUCCAGUGAACCAGGGAAAGGAGAAGGAUGGGGAAAUGUGCAUUCCCAUUCUACUAAAUGUGGUUCAAAGUCUAUGCAAGAGGGAUGGGGUGAGGAAGGCUCGACUGUAUCCCGACACUCCAGUUUGGAGGAAGAGGGUGGUGGCACUGGUGUUUGGGGCAGUCGGGGAUCUCAAAGCAACCUGUCCACAUACAACUCCGGGGGCUGGGGGCAAGGUCAGGGGGCCAGGAGACUCAACGCUAAGAGCCCUCUUAAAGGCAACAGUGGGGACUCGUGGGCAUCUCCUGUGACUCGGCAGUUCUCAAACAUGAGUGUUAUGGAUGAAGACUCCAGUAUGGGUCACGAUAGUAGGCACGAUAGGAGAGGAAUGAAUGAUGGUGAGAUGCGGAGAGGCGGCAGGACUGGGGGAGCCUUCCGCUCACAGAUGUCCAAAGAGACGCCAUGCGGGGAGACCGGACCUUACCUGGACAAGGUUGGAGGUCAUAGUAUGUUUGGCGGUGGUGGGAUUCCACCAUUGAGAGGGAUUCAUCAGGCUGGUGUGCACCCCUUAAACCCUUCCCCUGGGAUACGAGCACAAGUGCCUCAUCAGUUCCUGCCGCCUCAGGUUCCUGGGCCAAUUCUAAAGCCAAUGGCGCCCCCUAGUGGAGGCAUGUUCCCUCCACAGCUUUCCCCCCAACACCUCGCCAUGCUCGGUGGCAUUCAUCCACACAUGCAACAGUUUCAACUAGCCUGUCAGCUCCUAUUGCAACAACAACAACAACAACAACAGCAGCAGCAGUUUCUGAAUCAGAGGAAGUUUCCUCCUCCUGUGAGACAACAGCACGACCCACAGCAGCUGGCGCGGAUCAUGGCAAUUCUGCAGCAGCAGCAGGGUGUUGGGCCCAAACUCUCGCCGCCCCCCAUGGGAGGACACGUCCCCAAACACCCAGACGUGCAUCUCCACCAGCUGGGCAUGAACGCACACAAACAGUCUGAUGGGCCAGUGCAUGCAGCCAUGGGAGGAUCUGAGCUGCACAGCAAAGCUCCUGCUGCUUUCACAGGGCCGGUCAAGCAGGCCAGCGGCUCCUCGUUCUCUCAGUACGAUGUUUUGGGCGGCAGCUGGCACCGAAGCACAGGAGGGAAGGUCGACGCAUCUCCUGUCAACCCCACCUGGCCUCCAGAGUUUCAGCCGGGCGUCCCGUGGAAGGGCGUCCAGAGCCCCGAGCCCGAGCCUGACCCCUACAUGAGCCCUGCGGGAAUGCUGGGAUCCUCCGUGCUCGGUGACACCGAGCAUCAUCUGCUGCAAGACAGCACAGGGUCAAACUCUCUGAACACCUGUAUGCCUUCACCUGGUGCCUGGCCAUACAGUGCCUCAGAAACGCCCCUCGCUGCACAUGGCACAGCGAAAUACUCCGAGCUGAAGUCCAGUUGGCCGCCGGAGCCCAUCGGACACGGCAAAUCAUGGCGGACCAAUCGCAGCACUUCUCACCUGUCCCGCCCCCCUCCGGGUCUCUCCAGUCAGAAGCAGCUGUGGGUGGGGGAGGGGCCUUGGAUGCCCAGGGCGUGGGGGGGCGGAGCCAGCGGCCCAGAGCCACCCUUUAAAUCAGAGUGGAGCGAUGGAGGAGCUGCAGCGGGAAAAUCAUGGCUGUUACUGAGAAACCUCACGCCGCAGAUCGACGGCUCGACCCUAAAGACGAUCUGUCUGCAGCACGGCCCUCUUCUGACCUUUCACCUCGGCCUGACGCAGGGCAGUGCUCUGAUUCGCUACUGCAGCCCUCAUGAAGCCGCCAAAGCCCAGAGCGCCCUGCACAUGUGCGUUCUGGGAAACACCACCAUCCUGGCCGAGUUUAUGAGUGAGGAGGACGUCGUCCAUUACUUCACACAUUCCCAGGCCGCAGGGUCACCCGAGGGCUCGCCCGGCUCUGACCCUGCCCCGCGAGAGGCCGAGCGUCCCGUGGGCACCGGAGUGGACAGAGAUGCGGCGGUGGAAGCGCCGGGACUCGCCCUCCUCAGCCAAUGGAGCAACAGCGCAGGGGAGGGGGCGGGGAAAGGGGUCUGGGGAGGCGUGGCUCUCGGUUACCACGGCAGCAGCCUAUGGGGCGGUCCUCAGUUAGAGGACGGCACAGCUGGGUUGUUGCCAGGCAACCUGCUUGGAGGCGGGACAGACAGUUUGUGAUUGACAGCAGUCAGUUAUUGAGAUACUGGUACGUGGAGUUUAAAGUGUGUCAAACUGCAAUGUAAUGAUUGUUUCCAAACAUGUGGAAGCCCAUGCAUUAUUAUAAUAUUUCAGUGUAGUUUUCACAAGACAAGGGUGUAUCUCAUGAAAACAUUUAUUUUUUAUUUUUUUUUACCCUAAACUUCCAAGGAAAAAGAAUUUAUACUGUGCAUAAGUUUAUUUUAGGGCCAUUAAGAAAUUGGCGUUGUGACAUUAUUUUUAAUGACAGUUCCCAGCUAAUUCAAAUUACUGUAAUGCAUUAAUGCACA